UUGGACAUUUUGGGUUAAAUAUCGCCAUUUAAACACCUAGAAAUGAUAAGGAGAACUUAACUUGUGUUUUGAAACUACUAGUUUCACCACUGACUGGUAGUGUUGGACUGUUUUACCCUGACUGCACCGCUAACGCUUAGCUAGCUAGCUCUGUUAGCGCUAAUGUUACCACAGCCGGUGUUUGAACUCUGAAGCGCAGGACGUAGUGUUUCCUAAGUCAAAUGUCAUCUUCGAUGUCUGUGAGAAGAUGUUUGGUGGCAUUUCCUUCCUCUUACCUGCUACUUCACAACAGACGCAAUGUCUACCGGAUAGGUGGACUCCUCACGUGCUCUUCACAGGUGCCUCAGUCACUUCUGCAGGUGAGGUAUUUGUCAGGGGACAGAGGCAGGGACAGGAAAGGUUUCCUGGGGGAGCUUCUGGACAACAUUAAGCAGGAGCUGAACAAGAACAAAGAAAUGAAAGACAACAUCAAGAAGUUCCGGGAAGAGGCCCAAAAACUGGAGGAGUCCGAUGCAUUGAAACAAGCUAGGAGGAAAUUUAAAACUAUAGAGUCUGAAACAGUGAAGACCUCCAAUGUUCUCAGGAAGAAGUUUGGAAACAUCUCUGAGACCGUUAAAGAGGGGCUCGAGGAGGUCAGUCGGUCAGAAAUUGGGAAGAAACUCAAGGAUGGAUUAGAGGAAGCAGCCAAAUCAGCCAAGACCUCCGCAGAGUCUGUCUCUAAAGGUGGAGAGAUGCUGGGCAAGACGGGUGCGUUCAGAGCAAUAUCACAGGGCAUGGAGAGUGUGAAGAAAGAUAUCGAUGACCUGGGUCACACCGGCCCUUAUCGGCCUCCUGCCAGACUCAGGAAGAGGAGCGAGUUCUCCUCCAAGGGGGAUGACGGCAAGGUCUUCGAAGCCAACAAGGAAGCGAUGGGUGUGACGCUCCACAAAGACUCAAAAUGGUACCAGCAGUGGAAGGACUUCAAAGACAACAACAUGGUCUUCAACAGGUUCUUUGAGAUGAAGAUGAAGUACGACGAGAGCGAGAACUCCCUCGUCAGAGCGUCUCGUGCUGUCACCGACAAGAUGACGGACAUUAUAGGUGGGCUGUUUUCUAAGACGGAGAUGUCCGAAGUACUAACGGAGAUUUUGAAGGCGGACCCAUCCUUUGACAAAGACUCUUUCCUCAAGCAGUGUGAACGGGACAUCAUCCCCAACGUGCUGGAGGCGAUGAUCAGAGGGGAGCUGGAGGUGCUGAAGGACUGGUGUUAUGAAGCGACAUACAGCCAGCUGUCACAAUCCAUUCAACAAGCCAAGACGAUGGGAUUUCAUCCCGACUCUAAGAUCCUGGACAUCGACAAUGUUGAUUUGGCCAUGGGGAAGAUGAUGGAGCAGGGUCCGGUGCUGAUCAUCACCUUCCAGGCUCAGCUGAUCAUGGUGAUCCGAAACACCAAAGGAGAGGUGGUGGAGGGAGACCCUGAAAAGGUGCUCCGGAUCAUGUACGUGUGGGCUCUGUGUCGAGACCAGGAGGAGCUCAACCCAGACGCUGCCUGGAGACUACUGGACAUCUCCGCCUCGAGCUCCGUGCAGGUCCUCUAAGACUCUUUAAUACGCACAAAGACAGAACACGCUGCACCACAUGAAGCCCUGGAGCACGGAGACGAGGGACGCACACGUGGGACUUCACAGCUCAAGUAUUUGUGGAGAAGUGUCGCUAGUGUUUCUCUGGAUGUUUGAAUGUCUGACAGUGAUUUCUAACUGUUCCUCUGUCUCCCACUAGGGGGCGGUAUAGCACCAACAACUCAGUCACUGUGCUUCCUGCCUGUAUGGAUGUGCAGGGAAACCACUGUUUGCAUUUAAGGGAUAAACUUGUGUUGAAUAUGAAAGAGAAAGAAAGUGUAAAUCAUGAGAGCUGACGUGGAGCCGAGCCGAGAGGACCUGUCUCUGCCACGCUCCCUCCCCUCCCUCACGCUCUCUUCCUUGUCAUGUUGUGGCCAAUCACUGCUAGAUCCAUGUUUGUAUAAUAAAUGUCCACUGUAAUUCUUAAGAUGUUAGAGUUUAUUUAUUGUGAAAAUAAAGAUGAUUCCCCCCCCCUCA